AUUUUGAUCAUACUCUGCAGUUGAUGGGUAUAAACGGUGUGAAAAAUGGAUGCGGAAUGACAUUGUUGACUCAAAAGAGUCCAAGACAACAUCAUGGUUCAAGCGGUUUAUAGGGCGUGAGCAGAAACCGGAAGUGACCUGGCCGUUUCCUUUCACAGAGGGUAGAAUGUUUGUCCUUACACUUCGUGCUGGUGUUGAUGGAUACCAUAUUAAUGUUGGCGGUCGCCAUAUGACUUCAUUUCCAUAUCGGACUGGUUUUACACUUGAAGAUGCUACAGGGCUGGCAGUUAAAGGAGACCUUGAUGUUCAUUCAGUUUUUGCUACCUCUCUCCCUACUUCACACCCAAGUUUCUCACCGCAACGAGUACUGGAAAUGUCAGAGUCAUGGAAAGCCAGUGCUCUACCCAAACACACUAUUAGACUUUUUAUUGGAGUUCUUUCUGCUUCAAAUCACUUUGCAGAACGAAUGGCAGUUCGGAAAACAUGGAUGCAAGCAGCUGCAAUAAAAUCCUCAGAUGUAGUAGUACGAUUCUUUGUUGCAUUGAAUCCAAGGAUGGAAGUAAAUGCAGUGCUGAGGAAGGAGGCUGCUUACUUUGGUGAUAUUGUCAUUUUGCCCUUUAUGGACCGCUAUGAGCUUGUUGUGCUUAAAACCACUGCUAUCUGUGAGUUUGGGAUUCAGAAUGUGAGUGCUGCAUAUAUCAUGAAAUGUGACGACGACACUUUUGUAAGAGUGGAUACUGUCCUGAAGGAAAUUGAAGCUGUACCCCCGGAAAAGUCCCUUUAUAUGGGUAAUCUCAAUCUCUUGCACCGGCCUCUGAGAAAUGGAAAAUGGGCAGUUACUUAUGAGGAAUGGCCAGAAGCAGUAUAUCCUCCUUACGCCAAUGGUCCUGCAUACAUAAUUUCCAGAGAUAUUGUCACUUUCAUCGUAUCGCAACACAAGGAUAGGAAGCUGAGGCUCUUUAAAAUGGAGGAUGUAAGCAUGGGAAUGUGGGUUGAGCGAUUCAACCAUACAGUGAGCGCCGUGCGGUACUCGCACAACUGGAAGUUUUGUCAGUAUGGAUGCAUGGACGGCUACUUCACUGCACAUUACCAAUCGCCAAGACAGAUGGUUUGUCUAUGGGACAAAUUGUCGAGGGGUCGAGCGCGCUGCUGCAAUUUCAGAUAAUAACAAUCUGAAACUCUAGGCCCACUUUGAUUUACCAUUGUCUUGAAUUGUUGUGCUUAUCUUAGUUCGCAUAGGUUGUUAGCAUUUGGAGAAAAUUACACUGAUGACAAAAUGUAUUACACAUUCAAUUUGAAUGAAAUAGAAUUUAGCAGAGUUUUAAUCAAACAUAUCAAAUGAAACAGCAAAUUUUUCAGUUA